AUGGCAUCACUUCAAUACAAGACCGAUCACUCAGAGAUAGUGUCGGAGCCAACACUUCAUCACCAGUUGGAACCCAUGCCAACCAUUACCGGUGGUACUAACACAACCAAUUCAAUAUCCCUGUCCUCCUUUUACCAGCAACCAUCUAUACUACCCAUACAAUCGACCACAAAUUCCUCAUUUUUUAAUACGACAAACACUUUUGGUACCUCAACAUUAUUGCAUCGUUUAGAGCCCAGUCCUCCCACAUUACCUAAUGUUUCAACAUUUUAUUCACGAGAUUUUAUAUACGAUGCCAAUAGUAAGCUUCAAAAACGUACAAAUAUCAACUCAAUGGACAGCUCCGGCAAAUUGCAACAUAACAAAAAUAAUAUCACAACUAGUAAUAGCCAUACAAAUAAUGUAAAUACCAAUGGCUCUAAUAAAAAGAAAAAGACCAGGACAACCUUUACAUCCUAUCAAUUGGAGGAAUUGGAGCGCGCCUUCCAAAGAGCUCCAUAUCCUGAUGUGUUUGCACGCGAAGAACUGGCACUUCGGCUUAAUUUAAGUGAAUCCAGAGUUCAGGUUUGGUUUCAGAACCGAAGGGCUAAGUGGCGUAAGCGAGAGCCGCCCCGUAAGUCAUUCCUUCAUCCAACACCCGGUGCCGCAUCCAAUUUGGCCACUUUGACUAAAUCGCUGGCACCUAAUCUCAACUCAAUUACCCAUAACUCUAAUACUAUGAAUUCAAUGCAAAAUCCAAUGCUUUCCAACACAUUUGACAACAACUGGACGUCAUUUCCUAAUUAUGAUUUCAAUACAUUUCCGUCAAAUACAUCUCCACUUAAUUCUUGUGGUUUUUAUAAUACGGGUCAAUCAAUAGACAAUUCAAUGCCAAAUGCUGUUAAUAUAAGAUUCUUGAGUGCAACCAAUUAUGGUGAGGACACUCCUAUUCAACCACAAAGAAAGUCAACCGAAAUAGACAACAGAGAAGAGCCAACCAUUGAUGUCGAGUCGUCGUCCGUAUCGUUUGGUGACAUAUCUACUUAA